GGAAAUAGGCUGAGUUUCAGACGCGUAUGCUCUGCCCGCCAUGGCGGCAGCCAAGGAGCCUUUGGAGUUCCAUGCCAAGCGGCCUUGGCGCCCCGAGGAGGCAGUAGAAGAUCCGGACGAGGAGGAUGAGGAUAAUACUAGUGAAGCCGAGAAUGGGUUCUCCCUGGAGGAAGUGUUACGGCUCGGAGGCACCAAGCAAGAUUACCUUAUGCUGGCUACUUUGGAUGAGAAUGAGGAAGUGAUAGAUGGAGGCAAAAAAGGAGCAAUCGAUGACCUUCAGCAAGGUGAAUUGGAAGCAUUUAUUCAAAAUCUUAAUUUGGCGAAGUAUACAAAAGCUUCCUUAAUUGAAGAAGAUGAACCAGCUGAAAAAGAAAAUUCCAGCAAAAAAGAAGUAAAAAUACCUAAAAUAAAUAAUAAAAAUACAGCAGAAAGUCAAAGGACAUCAGUUAAUAAGGUGAAAAAUAAGAAUAGGCCAGAACCACAUUCUGAUGAGAAUGGCAGUACCACACCGAAAGUAAAGAAAGAUAAACAGAACAUCUUUGAAUUUUUUGAGAGACAGACUUUGUUACUUAGGCCUGGAGGCAAAUGGUAUGAUCUGGAGUACAGCAAUGAAUAUUCUUUGAAACCCCAGCCUCAGGAUGUUGUAUCUAAGUACAAAACCCUUGCUCAGAAUCUGUAUGAGCAUGAAAUCAACUUAUUCAAAAGUAAGACGAAUAGUCAAAAGGGAGCCUCUUCUACCUGGAUGAAGGCAAUUGUGUCAUCGGGGACACUAGGUGACAGGAUGGCAGCCAUGAUUCUUCUUAUUCAGGAUGAUGCCGUUCACACACUUCAGUUUGUAGAAACUCUUGUGAACCUUGUUAAAAAGAAGGGCAGCAAACAGCAGUGCCUUAUGGCCUUGGAUACUUUCAAAGAGUUGCUUAUCACAGACCUUUUGCCAGACAAUCGGAAGCUGAGGAUUUUCAGCCAGCAUCCUUUUGACAAACUGGAACAGUUGUCCAGUGGCAACAAGGACUCAAGAGAUAGAAGACUGAUAUUAUGGUAUUUUGAACACCAGCUGAAACACUUAGUGGCUGAAUUUGUGCAGGUCUUAGAAACUUUAAGUCAUGAUACAUUAGUAACCACUAAAACUCGAGCCCUUACCGUGGCUCAUGAGCUGCUUUGUAACAAGCCUGAGGAAGAAAAGGCUCUUCUUGUGCAAGUGGUAAAUAAACUGGGAGAUCCUCAGAACAGAAUUGCCACAAAAGCAUCCCAUCUGUUAGAGACAUUACUUUGUAAACAUCCCAAUAUGAAAGGAGUUGUGUCUGGUGAAGUAGAAAGGCUACUCUUCCGCUCAAAUAUCAGCUCCAAAGCUCAAUAUUACGCAAUUUGCUUUUUAAAUCAAAUGGUUCUGUCCCAUGAAGAAAGUGAAUUGGCUAACAAAUUAAUAACUGUUUACUUUUGCUUUUUUCGGACUUGUGUCAAAAAAAAAGAUGUUGAAUCAAAAAUGCUUAGCGUCCUUUUAACAGGUGUGAAUAGGGCAUACCCUUAUUCCCAGACUGGUGAUGACAAAGUAAGGGAGCAGAUUGACACACUUUUUCAAGUGUUGCAUAUUGUGAAUUUUAAUACCAGUGUCCAGGCUUUAAUGUUGCUUUUCCAAGUAAUGAAUUCUCAGCAGACAAUAUCGGAUCGAUAUUACACAGCAUUAUACAGGAAGAUGUUGGAUCCAGGGUUGAUGACGUGUUCCAAGCAAGCUAUGUUUCUUAACCUUGUCUACAAAUCUCUGAAAGCUGACAUUGUGUUGCGCCGGGUGAAGGCUUUUGUGAAGAGGUUACUUCAAGUUACUUGUCAACAGAUGCCACCAUUUAUAUGUGGAGCUUUAUAUCUUGUGUCUGAGAUCCUUAAAGCAAAACCAGGUUUAAGAAGCCAACUAGAUGAUCAUCCGGAGUCUGAUGAUGAAGAAAAUUUUAUUGAUGCAAAUGAUGAUGAAGACAUGGAAAAAUUCACUGAUGCAGACAAAGAAACAGAGAUGGUGAAAAAACUUGAGACAGAGGAAACAGUUCCUGAAACUGAUGUAGAAACCAAAAAACCAGAGGUUGCUUCCUGGGUGCACUUUGAUAAUUUGAAAGGUGGGAAACAGUUAAAUAAAUACGAUCCAUUCAGUAGAAACCCUCUGUUCUGUGGAGCUGAAAAUACAAGUCUUUGGGAACUCAAAAAGUUAUCUGUGCAUUUUCAUCCCUCCGUGGCCCUUUUUGCAAAGACCAUCCUUCAGGGAAACUAUAUUCAGUAUUCAGGGGACCCACUGCAGGAUUUCACUCUAAUGAGAUUUUUGGAUCGAUUUGUAUACCGAAAUCCAAAGCCCCAUAAAGGCAAAGAAAACACAGAUAGUGUUGUGAUGCAGCCGAAAAGAAAACAUUUUAUUAAGGAUAUUCGUCAUCUUCCUGUGAACAGUAAGGAGUUCCUUGCAAAAGAAGAAAGCCAAAUACCAGUGGAUGAAGUGUUUUUCCACAGGUAUUAUAAAAAAGUUGCUGUUAAAGAGAAACAAAAACGGGAUGCAGAUGAAGAAAGUAUAGAAGACGUGGAUGAUGAAGAAUUUGAAGAGCUGAUUGACACAUUUGAAGAUGAUAACUGUUUCAGCUCUGGAAAGGAUGAUAUGGAUUUUGCUGGAAACGUGAAAAAGAGAACAAAAGGAGCUAAGGAUAACACAUUAGAUGAAGAUUCAGAAGGUAGUGAUGAUGAACUUGGUAACCUGGAUGACGAUGAAGUUUCUUUAGGAAGUAUGGAUGAUGAAGAAUUUGCUGAAGUUGAAGAAGAUGGAGGAACAUUCAUGGAUGUGUUAGAUGAUGAAAGUGAGAGCGUUCCAGAACUUGAAGUCCACUCCAAAGUCAGUACUAAGAAAAGCAAGAGAAAAGGUACAGAUGAUUUUGACUUUGCUGGCUCAUUUCAAGUGUUAUCUUACAAGAUUCUGCUUCACAGUGUAACACAAGGUGCUAAUAAAAGAAAAAAGUGCUGUAUCAGGUAACAGUCUUAAGAUUUUUGAUAAAAAUGUAGAAAGCACUGUACAUACUUUGCCUCCAGUGCCUCUCUGGCUUCUGCUUCCUGCUAAAUACUGAUGACUUAAAAAUAGAUCUGCAUAGUUAAAUAAUAAUAAUGUUUUAAAAAGUUUCAUGCGCAUCUGUAUGAAGAGACCACCAAACAGGCUUUGCGUGAGCAACAAGGCUGCUUAUUUCACCUGGGUGCAGGCGGGCUGAGUCCGAAAAGAGAGUCAGUGAAGGGAGAUAGGGGUGGGGCCAUUUUAUAGGAUUUGGGUAGAUAAAAGGAAAAUUGCAGUCAAAGGGGGUUGUUCUCUGCCUGGCAGGAGUGGGGGUCACAAGGUGCUCAGUAGGGGAGCUUUUGAGCCAGGAUGAGCCAGGAGAAGGAAUUUCACAAGAUAAUGUCAUCAGUUAAGGCAGGAACAGGCCAUUUUCACUUCUUUUGUGGUGGAAUGUCAUCAGUUAAGGCAGGAACCGGCCAUCUGGAUGUGUACGUGCACGUCACAGGGGAUAUGAUGGCUUAGCUUGGGCUCAGAGGCCUGACAAAAAGUUUCAUUUACAUAUUGGUAGUAGUCUUCCAGAGCCUCACGCCUACAAAAUUUUAUCAGCUCUUUCAAAUACUGCUGUCAGUUUCUUAGUCCCGUAAUAACUAUGAUUUAACUGAUACAUAUUUAAAUUAUAACAUGUUAUCUUCCAGAUUUUGUCUUCCCUUGAGUAUCUAAGAUCAUGUUUUAAUUAGCAUAAGAUGAGAUAUAGGCAGUUUUUCUCAAGAGCAUCCCACAGAAAAGUGUUGCUUUACUUCAAGUUCUACUGAGCCUUUUAUUAAAAGAUGCUGGUAAAAGGAAUUUGAGGAGAAGAAAAAAAUUUUUUAAUGUUAAAAAAGAUGCUCUCUCAGCUUGUUUCAAAUAGUAAAGUACUGUUUCAGAAGACAUUAGCCUGAAAGGAUUUCAGAUCUCAAUUGAUAAUAGUUUUGGAUGCAGAUUAAAGAAUACCCAACAGAAUUGAUUGAAACAAAAAGAGGCAAGGAAUUUUAAACAGAUUUAUUAAUUGAUUCAGAUUUAUUAAUUUACUAAUUGAUCACCCUACAUUUACAGGUGUUAGAGUAGAUAUCCUUAAGAAUAAACAUACCUUAUAGAAACUUUAAUCAGCCUGGGCAACACAAUGAGACCCCAUCUCUACAAAAAAUCAAAAAUGGCUGGGCGCAGUGGCUCACGCCUGUAAUCCCAGCACUUUGGGAGGCCAAGACAGGUAGAUCACAAGGUCAAGAGAUCAAGACCAUCCUGGCCAACAUGAUGAAACCCCAUCUCUACUAAAAAUACAGAAAUUAGCUUGGCGUGGUGGCACGCACUUGUAGGCCCAGCUACUUGGGAGGCUGAGGCAGGAGAAUCGCUUGAACCCAGAAGGCAGACGUUACAGUGAGCCGAGAUCACGCCCCUGUACUCCAGCCUGGCGACAAAGCGAGACUCUGUCUCAAAAAAAAAAAAAAAAAAAAAAAAUCAAAAAUUAGCCAGGCAUGGUGUUACAUACUUGAGGCUGAGGUUGGGGGUGGGGGCGGGAUAAAAGAAACUUUUAAGAAACCAGUACAGUACAGAAGUGCCUACUCAUUGAGGUCACAGAUACAUCACUACAGGAUGAAUAAAACCCAAAAAAAACUUCCUAAUGCAUGCAAAUGUGUAUUAUACAGCUGUUAAGUAACAUACAUAUCACCUUAAUAAAAAUCAAGAUGAAAUGUUUUAGAAACUAUUUUAUCAAAAGUGGCUCUGAUACAAAGACUUGUACAUGAUUGUUCACAGCAGCACUAUUGCCAAAAAGUAGACACAACCUAAAUGUACAUUAACUGAUAAGCAAAAUGUGGUAUAUCCAUACAAUGGAAUAUUAUGUAGCCCACAACAUGGCAUGGAGUACUACAGCAUGGAUGAGCCUCAAAAACGUUACGCUAAAUGAAAAAAGUCAGAUAUAGGAAACCACAUGUCAUAUGAUCCCAUUUAUAUGAAAUAGCCAGAAAAGGCAACUCAUAGAAACAAGAUAGAUUGGAGAUGGGUUGGAGGACUACAAAUGGCACCAGGGAUCUUUUGAAGUUGAUGGAAAUGUUCUAAAAUCAGACUGUGGUUGUGGUUGAACAAGUCUGUAAAUUUACCAAAAUGCGUUAAUACACUUAAAACAGCUGAAUGUUAUGAUGUGUAUUUAGUAAAGCUCUUUUUAAAAUAUGGCUCUACUACUGCUAGAGACAUUGAUAUCAAAGAUGCAGAGUUUGAAUAAUUGUUUCAGGAAAAGAGACUUUUCAGGAAAAGUUUAUAUAUUCAGUACUACAGAUAAGUUUUUUUUUAAAGGAGAACCUCUUUCGGUGUUAUAAACACAACUUCAUUUAUAGCAUAAUAAACAUACUUUCAAUUUCUUUACAAUCUAAAGACCCCUGAACUAAAUUUUAUGUUUUGUCUUAAGUAUUUCAAAACCCAUCCAUGUCAAACUGAUAAUUUUACUAUUGCUUGAUACUAUGUUAUUUCCCUUAUGGGUAAAACUUCGAUCAGUGGCCAAAUCUGAAAAGCAAGAAGACACUCUUGUCAUCUGAACAGUUCUAUUAGGAUGUUGUUAGCUUUUUGAAAAUAUUAUAUACUAUUAAAUUAUAUUUAAAUGCCAGCUACCCAAUGGUGCUAGAAGAUUACUGCAAUUGUUUUUACCCAAGUAUAAUUUUUAAAAUAAAAUCAUGUUGCAUUGCAUUUUUCUAAAAUCAUUAGAUUUAUAAUUGAAUAAUGUAGACUUACAAUUUUUUUUAGGGCCAAGAAAAAAGAAAAGAAACUUAAAUGAUUCCAGCCUAUUUGUAUCUGCUGAAGAGGUAAGGCUAAUGUACCGUUUUAAGAAGCUAGCUAUUCUACAUUAUUUUUAGUUUUCUAAUAAAUUUAUCUUUUUUGUUUAAGUUUGGCCAUCUAUUGGAUGAAAAUAUGGGAUCCAAGUUUGAUAACAUUGGCAUGAAUGCCAUGGCUAACAAAGAUAAUGCAAGUAAGUAACUUAAAUUUUUUUAUUGAUGUUUUAAAAAUCGCUUUGGCUUGGAACUUCAGAAGAUAGGAAAUUUUUGUUAUUUUAUUUAUUCAUUUAUUUAUUUUUUUUGAGACAGCGUCUCACUCCCUCACCCAGGUUGGAAUGCAGUGGCAUGAUCUUGGCUCACUGCAACCUCCAUCUCCCAGGUUCAAGCAAUUCUCCUACCUUAGCCUCCCAAGUAGCUGGGAUUACAGGCAUGCACCACCACGCCCAGCUAAUUUUUGUAUUUUUAGUAGAGAGGGGGUUUCACCAUGUUGGCCAGGCUGGUCUCGAACUCCUGACCUCAAGUGACCCGCCUGCCUCGGCCUCCCAAAGUGCUGAGAUUACUGGUGUGAGCCACCAUGCCUGGCUGAUAGGAAUAUUUUUGAAAGACCUUUUCAUGGUACUUUGCAACCUGAAAGGAAUGGCUUUUUCUUCUCUCAGGAGAACAUGUAAGAUUAACAAGUAUUUAGACUAAAGCAAAAAAAAAAAAAAAAAAAACCUUGCAGACUACAAAAAUUACUUUUUUUUAGGGAAGUGGGCCAUUUUUAUAUAGCAUGAGUUUGCUAAGUAACUUUACAUGUUUAUAGACAUUUUAACUAUUUCUGAUAUUGAUUGUUACUGGUUUUUAUUUCACCAGUAAAAGUGCUUGGGGAGAGAAAAUCUUUAGAGCAUUUGUUUCUUUUCCUUCCUUAGUCAUUUCUUUUUGAAACAUUAAUCUUUGACAAUAAAUAUGAGAAGAAAAGCAACAAACAAGCAGUGGGUUUGUAUAGUGGGUGGGAAACCGCAGGCCAAGGCAGGCUAGAAGUUCCUGUGACUCAGCAGCAUGUUCUGUGGGACCACCAAGAGUCUACAGUGUGGUAGUACACUCAUCUUUUCUUCUUCUCUCAAAGGUCUCAAACAGCUUAGAUGGGAGGCUGAACGUGAUGACUGGCUACACAACAGAGAUGCAAAAAGUAUCAUCAAGAAAAAGAAACAUUUUAAAAAGAAGAGGAUUAAAACCACUCAAAAAACUAAAAAGCAAAGGAAAUGAGUUAUUAAUGUAAAUUAUAGAUUAAAAUUCUACUUACAUCUAA